AUGGCUCUCACCAGUGCCUUCAAGGCUGUUACCAAUGUGCCUGGACUGAUCAUCUGGAGAGUUGAGAAAAUGGAUCUAGUAUUGGUGCCUCCAAAAGCUCAUGGCAGCUUCUACGAAGGAGAUUGCUAUGUUCUCCUUUCCACACGUAAAUCAGGCACCACCCUCUCCUAUGAUGUCCACUACUGGAUUGGAAGCUGCUCCUCACAGGAUGAACAGGGCUGCGCUGCCAUUUAUACCAUCCAACUGGACGACCAUCUUGGCGGAGUCCCUGUGCAGCACCGGGAGGUGCAAGGCUAUGAGUCUGAGCUGUUCAAGGGCUACUUUAAGAAAGGGGUCAUCUACAAGAAAGGAGGCGGGGCAACUGGCUUCAACCAUACAGAGACAAAUUUCUACAAUGUCAAGCGGCUUCUGCAUGUUAAAGGCAAGAGGAACGUUACGGCAAGGGAGGUGGAGAUCAGCUGGGACAGCUUUAACCUUGGUGAUGUGUUCCUCCUGGAUCUGGGCAAAAUCAUUGUCCAGUGGAAUGGGCCAGAAAGCAACAAGCAGGAGCGGCUGAAGGCUAUGCUUCUCGCCAAAGAUAUCCGCGAUAGAGAACGUGGAGGCCGUGCUGAGAUUGGGGUGGUAGAAGGUGAUGAUGAAGAAGCCAGCUCAGAUUUGAUGAAGGUGCUGGAGAGUGAGCUUGGAGAAAGGACUCAAGAAAUCAAACCUGCCAUUCCUGAUGAGGUGGUAGAUCAACAGCAGAAGGCCAGCCUGUCCCUCUAUUGUGUUACAGACUCUGGAGGGGAAAUGCAAAUUACAGAGGAAGCCAAACGGCCCCUCAGGCAAGAAUUAUUAAACCACAAUGACUGCUACAUUCUGGACCACAGUGGGACGAAAAUCUACGUCUGGAAGGGAAAGGGGGCCACGAAGCUGGAAAAGCAAACAGCCAUGUCGAAAGCCCUGGACUUUAUUAAGAAGAAAGGCUAUUCUUCCAGCACCAGUGUGGAGACUGUACACGAUGGAGCAGAGUCAGCCAUGUUCAAACAGCUAUUUCAGAACUGGGCAGUCCAGGAACAGACUGUAGGGCUAGGAAAAGCCCACCACGUGGGAAGAAUUGCUAAGAUGAGCCAGGAGAGAUUUGACGUUGCGGCCUUGCACGCCCUGCCGCAGCUGGCAGCCCAGGAGAGGAUGGUAGAUAAUGGGGAAGGAAAAGUUGAGGUCUGGAGGAUUGAGAACCUGGAGUUGGUGCAGGUGGACAAGCAAUGGCAUGGAUUCUUCUAUGGUGGAGAUUGCUAUUUAAUCCUGUAUACCUAUGAACUGAAAAAUAAGCCACAUUACAUACUUUACAUCUGGCAGGGACGCCAUGCCACGGUGGACGAGCUUGCAGCCUCGGCGUAUCUUGCAGGGGAACUGGAUCAGCAGUUCAAUGGGGAACCUGUGCAGGUCCGAGUGAGCAUGGGCAGGGAGCCCCGCCACUUCCUGACCAUCUUCAAGGGCAAGCUUAUUGUCUUUGAGGGUGGGACAUCCAGGAAAGACAGAAAUGAAUUGGAACCUCCAAUAAGGCUCUUCCAGAUCCGUGGAACAGAGACCUUCAACAGAAAAGCAGUGGAGGUGCUGGCUUCUGCUGCGUCUCUCAAUUCCAAUGAUGUCUUCUUGCUGAAGACACAGGGAGACCAUUACCUAUGGUACGGCAAGGGUUAUAGCGGAGAUGAACGAGAAUUGGCAAAGGUGUUGGCUGCCACUAUCUGUGAUGGACUUCAGGAGACUGUGGCUGAGGGACAAGAACCAGCUGAAUUUUGGGAGCUGCUUGGAGGCAAAGCCCCAUAUGCUUCACUCCACCGAAGCUUAAUGCAAGGAGAUUUGGAGGUACAACCGUAGCUGUUUUUCUGUUCUGACAAAGUGUGGCAAUUUCUAUAUAGCCAAUGCAAACCAUUUACUUGAAACUGCUGCUUUUCUCCCCCUCCCCUCCCCUCCCCUCCCCUUCGCCAGGUGUUCAUGUGGGUUGGCAAAGAAGCCAAUGAGAUUGAGAAGAAGGAGGCAUUGGCAACUGUUCAGGAAUAUCUGCAAACCCACCCCAGUGGGAGGGAGAUUGACACCCCCAUCCUGGUGGUCAAGCAAGGUUUUGAACCACCCAACUUCACUGGCUGGUUCCUGGCUUGGGAUCCUAAGAAAUGGAGC